AUGGAUGCAUAUGACGUAACACGUAUCUUUGAAGUGAUCAGAAUUGAUCUCGUUGAUCCACAGUUUCUCAUUGAAAACGUUGUUUUUUCAGAACUCAUUUGUGGAAAUAAAUCUGUUCAGCAAAUGAUAAAAAAUGUGCGGCGUUCAGAAGAUCUGACAACAGGUUGUGCCAGCAGAUAUGUUUUCGAGUUACAUCACAACAAAACUUCACUUCUGUCUUGUUUUACACCAGAAGGGACACGUGAAGACGUUCCACCUGCUCCAGUAGAUCCUGGAUAUUGUUAUUCAGCAGCGAGUCUAGGUAACAAGAUCUACAUCACUGGCGGUGGCAGUAGAAGAAAAUGUACACUCGUUUACGACGUCUGUAGAAGACAGUGGGAAACAGGUCCGGAACUCGAAGAAGAACACUAUUAUCACUGCAUGGCCACAGCUAAUUCUAAAGUGUAUGCAAUUGGUGGUAAGUACAGCAACACGAUUGAAGAGAUGAGCGAGAGUGGAACACGCUGGCAGGUUGUUGGAGAUUUGAAACAGAAGAGAGAGUUUGCAUUCGCUGCUACAGUUAAACACAACAUUCUGGUGAUGGGUGGACGGAGUAGAGGAAGUGGAUCAGAUGUUAUCCAGUGUUUCAGUACAGCGACUCGCUGUUUGUCGAACCUCAGCGCACGUUUACCAUGCCACUCAAUGUGUCUGAGAGGUUCAGUUCACCUCCUUGAUUUAUAUCUGCUGGAUAAUGAUGGAAAUGUGAUGCACGUCCAAGUCACUGACAGUGAUGGUGAAAUCAAGAUUCAAGUCAUGUCAACAACGAAAUGGCGAUCAUUUAAAUAUUGGUUUGGCGUAUCAUGGCAAAACGGAAGCUUAUUGUUCUUCAGUGGCUUUGACACUAACUGUGUAAUUACAAAAUACAACCUGGGUGAAGGAAAAGAAGAAAAUAUAACUGUUCCACAAUCAACGAGAAUUGGUCGUGUGUAUGAUGUUCUGCCAGUGUAUCAUAAAGCAUAA